AGUAAUAUAAAGCACAGCAUUUCGUUGCCUCUAUUUUUCGAACAUUUUCACGGUAACUAUGCAGUCCUACGUUUUAUCAGUAGCCAUUUUCUUUUUAUUUCCAAUAAUAUCCGAAACUUCAAAAGGAUUUCGUCAAAAAUCGCGCAUUCCCAGAUCUCGAGACAUCAGAAAGUUUCUUAAUACAUCGGAGCCAAUAUGGACCUAUAAUUCAACGCUGGAAGAAACGCUGCGCUGUCAGGUGGACGUUAUGUCCAAAUGCAGCCUAUAUUCAAUUCAGUACAAAAGGUCCUACGAUAUUAACAAGCAAGUACGAACAGAGCACCUAGAGGGAUGGUUCCUAAAGCACCGAAGAGAUGAGAUGUUUGUUGCCGUACUAGGGAAUGUGCCAGUUAUCGCAGAAAAACUUGUCUACGCGAGUGUCGAUGCAAGUUGUGGUGUCUUCAAGGUGACGCUGCCAUUCCCUGGUGAAGAGCCUUGGCACGAUCUGAGAGUAAAAAAUUCUUCUAUUGUGACUGGACCAAGGCAGGAUUGUUCAUGUAUUUCAAAGAUGCCCUAAAUAAAGGAACAAAGACUAAACCACUCAAAAAAGGCGGGAAUAUGAAGGCUACGGGAAACCCAAUUUAUGAUCCUCAGUGCCAACGUAUACUUCGGCCGAUUUUAGGCCUUCGGCCUCCCUCUGUGAAAGAUGAGCACUUGUGAUGAGAUGAGCAUUGUCUCUUUCGAAUACCUGCGAGAAACAUCAGCAAUAAAAUUGUUUCUUUGUUAGUGU